UGAACGAUUGCACCUCCGAGUGGGUUAGACCGAACCAUUUACUAUAGCCCCGCCUGCCGUAAGGAGUGUAGACUUAAUUUUAUUUCAUUGGUUGAUGUGUGUUGGUCUGUUGCUAAGAGACGGCUGUGGUAGGCGAAACUAAAGAUGUCGUCGAGUUUCUCCGCAAACCAGUACGACAGCGCUUUCAAGUCGAAUAAACUCCAGAACUGGACGGUACCAAAACAAUACAAAGAGAAACCGUCGCCAGCAGAGGGCCACACUAUAUUUAUAGCCACAGACAGAGGACACCUGCUUCCUGGUGUGAAGCGUGGAUAUCCUUGGACCUCAUUCCAGGGGACGUGGGACUUACCAAGUCAUAUCCCUCCAGUUCACAUUAAUCCUACAGCACGCUCACAGGAGGGCCAGCAGCGCCUCAGGAAAUGGGGGCAGGUGCAGAACCUGGUUCCAUCAGCUUCGGGUAAACUAAAUGAAACCAAUGAAAACAGCAGGACACCACAGUGUGAGUCUAUACUGUUUCAGGGUACUAGUGGUAAUGGUCAGCACAAGGGAUUUUCUGUGAACAUUCCUGUUCCAGAUGGACCCGGACUGGAAAGGACCGUAUCACAAGCCAGUCAAGUUGAGUCUAGACCAGCAACUCAGCAAAGCCAAGUUGAGUCUAGACCAGCAACUCAGCAAAGCCAAGUUGAGUCUAGACCAGCAACUCAGCAAAGCCAAGUUGAGUCUAGACCAGCAACUCAGCAAAGCCAAGUUGAGUCUAGACCAGCAACUCAGCAAAGCCAAGUUCAGUCUAGACCAGCAACUCAGCAAAGCCAAGUUCAGUCUAGACCAGCAACUCAGCAAAGCCAUGCUGAGCCACAACCAGCCUCUACACAAAGCCAGGCCAAGUCCAGACCACUAACGCAGGCCAGCCAGGCCAAUCAAGAUUAGUAGAGCAACUAAUGUAUAAAACAAAUAGCUACAAAGCAGUGUAAUGGUAGUAUGAGGACUUAGAAGAAAAAUUCAGAUCUCCACUUGAAAGAACAAGAAUAUAUAUUGAGCCUGUGUUAGAGGUUGUCUUUUGAUUUAUCACUAAGGUUAAAAAUUUUGAAUUUACUGGUUCAAAUCUGAUUUUGUAUAUUGACAGUCACAAUCUGCAUACAGUCACAAACUUACUAUGUUCUUUAACAUAAGCUUAAUGAUGUUCUCAUGCAGUUGAAUGACAAUGUUUUCAUCCUGCUUGUUUUCUGGUUGGAAAAAAGUGAGCAGUUGAGUUAGGAGUCAAUAGGAUCAGAUAAACAAUGACUAGACCUGCAACAAAAAUGGUGUGAUAUCAAAAUGUUUAGGAAUAGUUACCAUAAAUCAUGAAUGGAAGGAACAAAAAAAAAGACACUAAAGUGGAAAGGUAUGAAAAUAACUCCCUCAGACACAUAAAUAAGCAAAAUAAAUUAGAUGUUCAAGGUGCGCAUGCGCAAACCUUCAGUCACCUGUAUAAGUUUCAAAUGUGUAAUACAUAAAGACUAGUUCAAAAUAACUCAACAUUGUCAUAAAUAUAGCCAGAGUCUGUCAUUUCAACAUAAUUUAUUUAUCUAGAUAAUUUAUAUGCUGAAUGGAAAUCUAUUACAUAAAGCACUAGCACACCUGUAGUCCCUCAGGAACAGAGCAUCAACUAAUUUCACUAGUCAUCGGUAAAUCACUUUAAUGCCCAGAAGCAAAUGAUGUAAUGCUACCAGCAUUUAUAAUAACCCAUGGGAACAUGGAGAUGUGCUGAGAGUUCUUGUAAGUCACCAGUAGCAGUACUCAAGGAUCCUUGUCAAAGCUUCAUUCCAGCGGUCUGCUGAUUAGAGUAUAAUCAGGCUGUUACUUUACACUAUUACAAUGCGCUCUGUGGUGUAAUAAAGUAAAUGGUAAUUGAUGUAUGACUAGCUGUAUUCUACCCUAGAGCAGCAGUGCGUUUGAGAAAUCUCUAGGAGCUGUGACAAGUGAAAUGCUUCUGGACAUUUGAUACUCUUAUUAAGAAUCCUAUAGAUUAUAACAGAUUGCUCCAGAUGAUACAGACUCAUACAGAUAUGUUUAUAUUUAAUAAAAAAAAAUAAACAAAACUCUUUAAAUCACAAAGAUCAUUACUUUAAUUUUAAGCAACUGGGAAAGUAGUUGUCAGACUAUGAUACUCAUAUAUUCCAGUGUAUUAUAACCAUUGCUAAACAUCUCAUACAAAACUACUGUAUUAAAUAAAUAUAUUAGUGUCUUGCACACAUGGUAUAAAGAAAUAGGUUUUUGGGACACAUGCUAAUAAGCCAAGAUAUGUGUACCUAUUUAUACACACAGAUAAAUAUAGGUAAUUCUGUUUAAGCUCUAAUUAAUCAGUUGUGGUGAUGAAUAAAUAAAUAUUAGGUUUAUCACAGGUAUAUUUCCUUACCUAUACUAUAAAGUUCCUAAUUACCUGUACUCUAAUAAAGGCAUGAUAAAAAAAGGAGGUUUAUUAACUCAAAGUUUAAGGUCUACAUGUAGGUCUUGUUACAUUACUUUAUACUUAAUUCCUGCCAAAAAAAUAAAAAUAAAAAAAUAACUGGCUGCUUCAAAUGGGAGAGAGAGAGAAACAGAAGUACAUUCAAUUGAUCACUUUCUGAUAUUGCCAGAUACAAGAAAAAAAAGGGGGGGGAAAUGCUGUAUACCCUCUGUGCGGAGAUUACACAUUUAAAACACCAACCAUUUUACAGCAGAGUUAGGGUUCAGAAAUAGAUUAGAUAGACUAAUAUUUGAAAAUCAGUCCUCAUCAGUGUGUACAUAUACUUGGUUGAUUUUUAAAAAAUUAGAAAUAUGUCAUAUUUUUGCAUAUGGCAAAUUUCUGCUUGGGCAUUUUUAUAGAAUAAAUAUAGCUUAUGUACAAAGAUUAUAGCAAUAAUUAUAUCAAUUAUAUGCAGCAACACUUUCCAUGAGACCUGCAAUAAAAUAAUUCACCAAACUUUAACAAAUCUACUAUAAAAUAUCUUACUAUAAAAUAAAUCCAAACCACUAUUAUGUGUUAUAAUGAUUAUAAAAAAAUAAUAAUAAAAAAAAGAACUUCUAAAGACAGAAAUUUGUUAACUGAUUGAUUUGUCAGCUAUUUAGCUUAUGAUUGUCUAACCAAAAGAGCCAUCUGGAAUUAAUGGAUAUUCCCUAUUGUACUUUUCUUAUAAAGUACUUUUAGAU